AUGGUGAGCUCGAAGGCGGACUUUACGUGUGAACAGUUGGUUCGAGAUUGGGAGAAAACACAUGAUGAAGGCGUUGGUAUAUUACGGCAGCCUAGUUCUGGUUUAUUCACAGUAGAAGACGAUAUGUAUGCAGUAAAAGUGAGAGCUCUUCUUAGGGCGGAGAUAUCGAGUUGGUAUUACGGGGCAUCAGUUGACAGUCUCCAACGCGGAAAUCUCGAGGAGUGGGUCGCUGAAUAUUUCUUCGAAUAUCGGCAGGUUAUGGUCGAUUACUUGGCAGAAUGGGCGCAUAUUUCGGAUCAAUUGCAAGGUAGCAAUGCGGCCCUAUCCCAACCUUCCAUCGGCUCGGGAAAUGUGCGUGGUUGUGGCGGACAUGUUGACGGCAUUGGCCACAGCUUUGGGACGUUCGUGGUGAGGUGGAUGUUGGCGCAUGAACUCAACAGGAUCGCGUCUUUGAGUUUGAUGGACCCGGUGUGCUUCCUGUUAGUGAAGAACGACUUGUUGUUGAAUACGCAGAGAAAAGUCCAUGAAGACCCGAUUGGGAUAUUGGCUACUUAUCUGGUCUUCAGGGAGUUGUAUACGGCACAUACAUUGACGAGGAAUUUCUUUUGGGAACAGAAUAACGUCUGGCCUGAAGAACUGCGGAAUGUCCCCACGCACGUGUCGUUGUGCGGCAAAGAUUUCAUAGUACCAGCUCACUCGAUAAGGAGGUUGUUGGAGGCUGAAUCGGCGGCGCGUCUGGCGAUUACUCGAGAGGAUCAAUUGAAGAAAUCACGACUACACGAGCAGUCCAGGAAUUUGAAAAAGGGGCGUGAGGAUUUAUUCCAACCAAUGAGAGUUGAUUGGAAUGACGAUGGUAUACACGGCGAAGCUCUGCUCAAUUCGGGGUGGAGGAGGAAUAUUUUGAGAGGAAUCGCUGAUGUUAUAUCAGCGCUACGUAGAGCGAGUGCUAGGAGUAUCACGCUGGUCACCCCUUACUUUGCAUAUGCUAGACACAUGGAAUCUGAGGGCGUAGCAGGAGACCCGGCGCUGACCCAACCAGCAACUCCGCUCGCUGCAAGUGAUAUCGCACUUAUGUACGAGGCGAUGGGAGUCGAUCGAAUUGUCACAGUGGAUCUGCAUGAGGGCAGUUUGGAAGGCUGUUUCGACGUUCCUGUUACGAACAUCGAUCCUCUCGGGUUGCCGUUGAAAUACUUCCUUGGAAAAGACCUUCAUAAUCCUGUUAUUGUUGCCCCGGAUAGCACUGCUAGUGAUAGAGCGUUCUUGUUCUGGCGAAGACUUCAGAAUCAUGGUGUUAACUGUGGGCUUGCAACGAUGGUGUCAAAUCGAAAAGCGCAGCUCGCGGAACGAUCGCCCGACGAAGCUGUUACCAUUAUUGGAAAAGACGGAGAACAAGUGAUAAUGCCGUCUGGAUGGAAGAAGUCGUUGGCGAGUCUGGUGACGAAAGAUUGGCUGGUUGGCGAUGUUGAAGGCCGAGACUGUAUCAUUGUUGACGACAUCAUCGACAGCGCUAAACGAAUGUCUCGAACGGUGAAGGAUCUACGCCAACACGGCGCGCGGAGGAUUUACAUGUACGCCACUCACGGCGUGUUGUCACCAGCAGCGAUGGAGCGCAUUAAUCGUCGAGGAGUUACUGAAGUUGUUAUCACCAACUCGCUUCCUUUUCCUGAGCACGCACGGAAAAGCGAAAAAAUAAGAGUCCUUUCUUUGGGUCAAGUCUUAGCGGAAGUGAUGUUGCGUAUUUACGAGGAAAAAUCGGUGUCGCAAAUGUUUUGGGAUAAUCAGAAGAAAGAAGGAAGCAAACGCCCAAGCGGAACGGCUACAGUUUAA